GUGCUGCCUCUUCUCUCACUUCGUCUUUGCGCGAGCUUCUUACGAAAAACGGAAACAAAGCAAUUUUGAAGGUUGGAACAUCGCUGGUCUGAUUGUUCUAGGGUUUCUUUGGUUCUAAUAUCUGUAAUUUGAAGUAAUUUUUUUGCGGCACCGAGCAACUUGAGGUCUUCUCCGCGGUUUCGAUCGUUGUUUUGAAGGAUAUUGGGUCGAUUAUCUAGGAGUUUCGCGUUUAGUCAAUUCACGUUUUUGUGUUCUGAGAUGUACUAGAGGAGUCCCAACUGAAAUAUGGGUAAGAGGAAGUCCAGGGCGAAGCCACCACCAAAGAAACGGAUGGACAAACUUGACACUGUCUUCAGCUGUCCAUUCUGUAACCAUGGUACUAGCGUUGAAUGCCGCAUAGAUAUGAAGAACUUGAUUGGUGAGGCUUCUUGCCGUAUUUGUCAAGAGAGCUUUAGCACCAAUGUAACAGCAUUGACCGAGCCUAUAGACAUAUAUUGCGAAUGGAUUGACGAGUGUGAACGAGUCAACAAUCCGGACGAUGAUGAUGCAUAGAGAGGAAUUCUUCUAGUUCCCUCAAAAGACUGCUUUGCUUACGUGAGGCCCGCCAUCCAAUUCGGUGCAUAUUUGAUGGCUGAGUCUGCUGUAUCUUUAAACAAUAUGUUGUGAAUAUAAACUGCUACGACUAGUUGUAGAUCUAUGGACUAAUUGAGAUGCGUGUUUAAUGAUAUAUUUUCCAGUCGCUUCUCAUCAAUAACAGAGAUCGCCACUUAAGUGCCAAAAUUUUGAUGUGUAAGACCUCCCACUGGCAAAAGGAGUAAGUGCUAUUUGUA